AUGCCUUACACUUACCGGGACUCAAGCCCACGGGCUCCCCCUGCUCCCCAGACUGCUCGUGCCACGCACUCGACGGGUCAGACAUACAAGGAGCUGAAGCUUGAAUGCCAGCAAAAGGGGACACUCUUUGAGGAUUGCGACUUCCCAGCCAAUGACUCUUCCCUCUUCUACAGUGAGAAGCCUCCCAUCCCCUUUGUGUGGAAAAGGCCUGGGGAAAUCGUUAAAGACCCACAGUUUAUUCUUGGAGGCGCCACAAGAACUGACAUUUGUCAAGGGGAUCUUGGUGACUGUUGGCUAUUAGCAGCUAUAGCUUCUCUUACUCUUAAUGAAAACACGUUAACCAGAGUAAUGCCACCAGAUCAGGAUUUUGGACCAGGCUAUGCUGGAAUAUUUCAUUUUCAGUUUUGGCAACACAAUGAGUGGCUGGAUAUUGUUAUUGAUGACCGAUUGCCCACUUUCAAAGACCGUUUGGUUUUUCUGCACUCUGCUGAUCACAAUGAAUUCUGGAGCGCAUUAUUGGAAAAAGCCUAUGCCAAGUUGAAUGGAAGUUAUGAAGCUUUAAAAGGUGGAAGCACAAUUGAAGCAAUGGAAGAUUUCACAGGAGGAGUUGGAGAAAUGUAUGAAAUUAAAAAGGCGCCAGAAAACUUCUAUGAAAUCUUGAAAAAAGCUCUGAAACGAGGCUCAAUGGUGGGCUGUUCUAUUGAUAUUAGCAGUGCAGCUGAGUCAGAAGCUCGGACCCCCUACGGUCUUAUAAAGGGUCAUGCCUACUCAGUAACUGGUAUUGAUGAGGUUAACUACCAAGGCCGGAAUGUGAAGCUCAUUCGAGUUAGGAACCCAUGGGGUCAAGUGGAGUGGAAUGGUGCUUGGAGUGACAAUGCCCCUGAAUGGCGUUCCAUCAACCCAUCUGAGAAAAGACGUUUGUAUCAGACAGCACUAGAUGAUGGAGAGUUCUGGAUGAAGUUUGAUGAUUUCCAAUCCCGUUUUGACAAAGUUGAGAUCUGCAACCUCACACCUGAUGCUCUUGAGGAUAAUGCUACUCAUAAAUGGGAGGUGACAGUCCACCAAGGCAGCUGGGUCAGGGGCGCCACUGCUGGAGGGUGCAGAAACUUCAUAGAAACAUUUUGGACAAAUCCACAGAUCAAGCUCCAGCUGACAGAAAAAGAUCAUGGUGAAGAUGAUUGCACAUUUAUAGCAGCUCUAAUGCAAAAAGACCGCCGUAAACUCAAGAAACUGGGAGCUCAAAUGCUAACAAUAGGAUUUGCUAUCUAUGAGAGCCCCAGGCAAGAUGAACACUUGACAAAGGAUUUUUUCCGCUACCAUCCGUCCAAGGCCAGGAGCAAGACUUACAUAAACGUAAGGGAAGUCUCUGACCGAUUUGCACUACCUCCUGGGGAUUACAUUGUUAUGCCUACCACAUUUGAACCACAUCAGGAGGCUGAUUUCUGCCUGAGAAUUUUUUCUGAGAAAAAAGCUAUCACUAAGGAGAUGGAUGGAAAUGUCAAUGUUGAUCUGCCAGAGCUUCCUGAACCAUCAUCACCCCAACAAGAAACGGAAGAAGAGGAGCAAUUCCGGACAUUAUUCAAACAGAUUGCAGGACAGGACAUGGAGAUCAGUGCAGAGGAACUCGAAUAUGUUUUGAAUGCUGUAUUGAAAAAAACAAACAACAUCAAAUUCAAGAAAAUAAGCCUCCUUUCAUGUAGAAACAUCAUUUCCCUAAUGGAUUCCACUGGGAAUGGAAAACUGGAAUUUAACGAGUUCAAAAUUUUCUGGGACAAACUGAAAAAGUGGAUCGGCAUCUACCUUCAUUUUGAUUCUGAUCAGUCUGGCACAAUGUCUUCUUAUGAACUUCGUCUUGCUUUAAAAGCAGCAGGGUUUCAGCUCAAUAAUUAUCUACUGCAGUUGAUAGUUCUUAGAUACUCUGAUGAUCAAUACCAGAUUGAAUUUGAUGACUUCUUAAACUGCCUCAUUCGCUUGGAAAAUGCAAGUCGUGUGUUCCAAGCAUUAAGUGCAAAAAACAGAGACUUCAUUAACCUGAAUAUAACUGACUUUAUCAACUUGACAAUGAACAUCUGAAGACAUCCAGCCUGGGUUUUAGCCAGCCCUCAAAGUGCCUCUCAAUUCCAGCUUGGAGUGUUUCCCCCAUGAUCGAAAACAACACAGAAUUCUUGUAUCUUCCGACUUUCGUAUAUUCACCUGAUCCCAGCAGUAUAAGAAUGUGGUUUGUUUGUUUUUUAAAACCAAAAUAUAUAGAUAAAUAUUUA